AUGGGAAACUUUGUGGGUGACAUCGUGAUAUGCGUGUUGCUACUACUUUCAGUCAGCGUCAUAUUCGGAACCAGUGAGAUUGUCAAAUUAUUCACAAACAAUGGAGAGGAUAUUCUCAAGACGUCUACGUAUAGUUGGAUUAUUCGAUUAUGUUUAAAUUUACUGGGAUAUGCCACUGUGUUGCUGCCAGGUUGCCUUAUAUAUAAAUAUGUACGCUAUACAAAAUAUAUUCAGAGAAGUGGAAAAGGCUGUAUUCCCAGACUGGUACAUUCGUGCUUUGUGGGACACUGCGAGACAGGUCUUUUGGAUUCACCUUAUGCUCCUAACGCUUCCACUCAUGUCCAGCGCACUUUCGCUCAAGACACACUACUCCUGAUGUAUUGUUUCCUUGGAUUACAGUUUAGUUAUCUGACAUGGGGUUAUUUACAGGAAAAGAUAAUGACACAGGAAUACGAAAAUGCUUUUGGCAACAAAGCACGGUUUCAAGAUUCCCAAUUCCUCGUGUUUGUGAAUCGCAUUCUCGCUUUCUUGAUGUCAGGAUUAUAUCUGCUUAUUCAACGCCAGCCGCAACAUAAAACGCCAUUGUAUAAGUAUGCAUUUUGUUCACUGUCAAAUAUCAUGAGCAGUUGGUGUCAGUACGAAGCUCUAAAAUAUGUCAGUUUUCCAUCACAGGUUCUAGCCAAAGCCUCGAAAAUUAUCCCUGUUAUGAUAAUGGGAAAACUAAUUUCACAUACGACAUACGAAUACUACGAGUAUGUUACUGCAAUUCUUAUUUCUAUCGGAAUGACGCUUUUUAUGUUGGACAGUUCUGAUCACAAAAACGACGGAGCUACAACACUUUCUGGUGUUAUUUUACUUGGAAGCUACUUAUUGUUGGAUAGUUUUACAAGUACCUGGCAAAAUGCACUCUUCAUAGACUAUGGUGUAAAUAGCGUACAAAUGAUGUGCGGAGUUAAUAUGUUUUCCUGUUUGUUGACUGCAAUGUCUCUGUUUCAACAAUCGAGUUUUCCGCAAAUAUUUUCUUUCAUGACAACGUAUCCCAGAUUUAUAAUCGACUGUUUGCUGAUUUCAAUUUGUUCAGCAAGUGGCCAAUUGUACAUUUUUUACACUAUUUCUAAAUUUGGAUCCGUUACAUUUGUCAUUAUGAUGACCAUUCGUCAGGGUCUGGCGAUACUACUAUCAUGUUUAAUCUAUCAUCAUGAGAUCACCAUUGUCGGAGUAUUUGGUAUACUGUUGGUUUUUGGUUCAGUAUUUUUACGAAUUUACUGCAACAAUAAAUUAAAUGCAAUUAGAAAACGCAGAGCUUCGGCAAAUAGUAUAAAACAUUAAGAGUUGUAUUACUUAGGCAGAAUUGCAAUUUUAAUUGUCAUACAGGGGUAGAUUUCUAUUCACUAUUCAUUGUAAUUGCCAUAGAUUAGGAUAGAAUCAUAGUAAUUAGACAUUGACUGUAAUUACGAAUGCGAAAUUUUUAUUUAUAAUGCUGUUUCUUUGUAUUCUCUAUAUCGAUAGUUUUGAUAGUUUUUGAUUGUGUGAGCUUGAUAAGUAUUACAAAUUUUGUAGAGUACGUCAGUCUAUGUCAUGUAGGUGUAACAUAUUUGAAGAUAAGCACUUGGAUAUGUGAUCUGAAAAAAAUGUCGGCAUUAUACCAUUAUGAAAAGAAAUGUGUGUCGCGUCACAUGUAUUAUGACAUAUAUAAAUAUUGUAUUAUUUAUUUGAAAAAUGUUUAUUUUGAUAUAAAUGCGUAUACACAACAAA